CCUCUCGCUUCUCAAGCUCACAUAAUUCUCAACACCCCCCACUUUCCAGUUUCCCAUAACCCAAACGCCAGCUCUCAAAAACAAAAAUUAAAAGAAAAAAAGAAAAAGAAAAAGAAAGGAAAUAUGAUGAGGAGCAUUGCCAGCCCAAGCGCAGCCUCAAAGGCUUCUUCUUCAUUGUCACCAACCCCAUCAGUGUCAAACGAGGUACAGCCUCAGGGACAGCGGUCGCCGUGGCACUCUCCGGUGCCGUACCUCUUCGGAGGGCUUGCCGCGAUGCUGGGUCUGAUAGCGUUCGCGCUGCUGAUCUUGGCCUGCUCGUACUGGAGGCUUGCAGGGCAGUUCGAGGAGAGGGAAGGAGGCGACCGAUCCGACGAGAGAGAUUUGGAGAGCGGUGCCGGCGAAGGGAAAGAGGGAGAGAACUCUGAGGGAAAGGUGGUGAAGGUGUACGAGGAGAAGAUAUUGGUGAUCAUGGCUGGGGACGUGAAGCCCACGUUCUUAGCCACCCCUGUGUUCGCUAAGGCAGCUGCGUCGUUUGGUGGUGGGAAUGAUUUGAAAGGCGAGAACAAAGAGGGAGACAAGGCAGAUAACUGUGAGACGAAGAAAAAGGAGACUGGCGAGCUUGAUGAUCACGCUUCCAGUGAAGAAAAUGGAGAUUCCCAGGAGACCCCAGAAGCCCAACAUCACAGCCAGUGAUCGAGCAGAGCCGCUUGGUUUCUUUUUGUUCUCCACUACGUACUCUCCAAAGAGAGAUUUUGAUGAGAGUGUUUUUCCCUUUUGAUCAUUUUGAUCUCCUUUUCUUUUUGGGUUUUGGAUUUUUUUUUUUUUUUUUUUUUUUUGCCUUUAGUCUUCGAGGAUGUAAAUUUUCCUGAGAUUGAAUAGAAGAUGGCAGAGUUUUCUCUUCCCA